AUGAUGCAGAACUUGGUGCUACCUAGAACACCCAUUGGUCAGGCCUAUUAUUCUCGGCAGCUCUAUAUGUAUGUAUUUGGAGUCGUUGUCCACCAUGGGAAGGGCAGUAAACAAGCCAUGGAGGAUGUCCAUCUUUACACCUGGAUGGAGCAUGAGAACAGGAAAGGGAGCAACAUGACUGCUUCUGCCUUGGACCACUGCUUCCGUGAAGAGUUGAGUGGUGCUGUUCACCGCGCCCAAAGGCUGCGACUGUUCAGCGAUUCUUGUUUUGGUCAGAACAAAAAUAUGAACCUGCUAAGCAUGCUGUUCGCCUUGAUGAAAGCGGAAUGUCCCGGGAUUGGAGCAGAGUUUGUGUUUCCUAUCAGGGGGCACAGUUUUCUGCCUGUGGAUCGUGUUUUUGGGAGGAUUGAGCAACAGAUACGGAGAAAGGACACCAUCCUCAUGCCAGAGGAGUAUUAUGAGAUCCUGCAAAAUCAUGGAAAGGUUCAUAUCUACGGGCAACACUGGCAGGCUUAUGAUUUCAAGGAGGAGACCAGGGCUUUUGUAAAGGCACAGAAGUCCUUUAAGUUAAGUGAAGCGAGAAUGCUGGAGCUGAAAAAUGGCAAGGUUGGGUUCAAGGCUGUGUAUAACGGUGAUUACUGCAUACACUCUGUUCUGAAGAGAGGGAAAACCUGGGCAAGCUUCAAGCCAGGUCAACUGGCCAAUGAAAGCACAGUGAAGGAAGCAAAGAGAAGAGACGUGCUGAACCUGCUGCGUGAAAUUGGUGCGAGCGAUGGUGUGCGUGCCUUUUACAGUGAUGCACUGUCACAGGUGAAUGUUGACAGUGACAGUUAUGAAGAAUAG